AUGCUCGGUUACUUUUUAUUUGAGGCGAUUCCAACCAUCUGCCUCGUUCAUGCGAAACGUCAAUCCACGAUUCAUGAGUGCUCAGCAAACAUUCUGAACAAUUUGGUUUCCAUUCGUGGAAAAACCUACCGAAAUGACUCGUGCUACAACAUUUCUCCGAAAAUUCUUGACUUGUUGAAUCGUAAUCUCCAUAACCAGAAAAACCACCCGUUGUGGCUAAUCAAGAGUCGCAUAGUUGAUUUUUUCUAUAAGCGCCCUGCCCACAAGCGUAGUCACGAAAACAGUGCUGGCGGUGGAGGUAGUCCUCUCUUCUCCGUUCACGAUUCAAUCAGCCCAGUUGUUUCGACAUUUCAAAAUUUUGACAGCCUCCUUGUCGCACCGGAUCAUGUGAGUCGUCGGCCGACAGACACGUAUUACGUAAACGCCACAACCGUUCUGCGCAGCCACACCUCCGCCCACGAGAUGGAUCUCAUCAAGUCUGGUCUGAACGCGUUCCUUGUUGUCGGAGACGUCUACCGUCGAGAUGACAUCGAUGCUCUUCAUUACCCUGCCUUCCAUCAGCUUGAAGGCGUGAGGCUUUUUAGUCAGAAUGAGUUAUUCAAGGACGCAAUUGACCCAAGCGGUUGUUUCAAUCUCUUCGAGCCCUCAGCACGCGAUGCGCAUGCACCCCUGGUGCCCCUAUCCGAGGCUUUGCCAUCCUCGGAUCUGCCUCCGGAUCGGCAACCUCGACACUCAAUCGAAACCACCUACUGCCUGGAGUUUCAGUUGAAACGGGUUCUCGAGGAAUUAGCUAUCCAUCUUUUUGGAAAAGGUAGUCAUGUUGUUGAGCGCUGGCAGAACGCCAGCUGGCAAGCAGUGGCGUGUCGCGUGGUCAGGCGGUGCCUGACGCCUCUCGAUUCUGAUUUGGCCAAAACUGGUUGCCUGACGUGUUGGGUUAUUCACGUAGACAUUCCCAUGCGGUGGGUGCCCGCGUACUUCCCCUUUACGCAUCCCUCUUGGGAACUGGAGGUGCAGACGGGCGUGUUGACCGGCAACUCCACGGACGGCUGGACUGAGAUGCUGGGUUGUGGCAUUCUGCGACAGGAAAUCCUCGACCACAGCGGUGUGACGAACAAGGUUGCCUAUGCGUUUGGAUUGGGGUUGGAGCGGUGGGCAAUGAAGUUAUACAGCAUUCCAGACAUCCGAUUGUUCUGGUCCCAGGAUUCAGGCUUCUUGAAUCAAUUCAAAACUGAUGAUUUCAACCAACCUAUCCAUUACAAGGCCGUGAGCGUCUUCCCUCCGUGCCACCUGGACAUUUCCUUCUGGUUGCCGAGUGAGACCGACCCCAAGCCGUCCUCGUCGUCAGCCCACCUCGAGUUUGAACGCGACUUCUUCGAACUUGUCAGGGGCGUGGCGGGUGACCUCGUCGAACAGGUGACGCUUAUCGAUCGGUUUGAGGACAAGAAGCGGUCGCGGGUGAGUUACUGCUACCGCAUAGUGUACCGCGAUCACCACCGCACCCUCACCAUGAAGGAGGUUCGUCCUCUGCACCAGAAGGUCGCUAGUCUUGCUGAAUCCCAACUGAAGGUCACAGUACGGUGA